AUGUCAGAUCUCAAGACAUUUAUUGGAAGUAUGUAUGGAUGUACAAGCCCGAAAUAUAUAAGCAGAUGUACUAACUUGCGCUCUAGAAAAGAUCAACGUCAUCACGACCGACGCGAGGUAUUUCGAAGGCAUUUUGGAAGGGUUCGACAAAACGACAAACAUCGUCCUCAGCAACUCCGUGGAACGAAUAAUCUACAAACAGGGUGAGAAAGAAGAGAACGAGGAAAUACCGAGUGGUGUCAACAUAAUGCGAGGGAAUGAAAUUGUGUGCAUUGGAGAAAUCGAUGAGAGCCAAUCACCCGAUUGGAGUAAAGUCAAGGGAGACCCACUCAAAAGCACCAAUAAUCCACUAUGA